AUGCGUUCUGCAGUUCUACUCGCAAGCUUUGUUAGCACCGCGUUGGCUUCGCCUUUCUUAGGCCAAACGGAUAUCCUCGGCCUAUUUAAGAGGUCUGUCUCCUCUGGAUGCUCCACGACAGGCCCUGCGUCUUGCCACAACACUUCGGUAGUUUCAAACUUGUGCUGCUUUGAAGCUCCAGGAUUUUGGGACACCAACCCUUCGACCGGGCCAACCAAUAGCUGGACCAUUCACGGUCUUUGGCCCGACAACUGUGAUACGACUUUCAGUUCAAACUGUGAUCCCUCCAGAGCUUACACGAACGUCGCCGGGCUUCUUACGGCCAAUGGUGCAAGUGACACCCUGGCUUAUAUGCAAACCUACUGGGUCGAUAUUAACGGGAACAACGAGGCCUUUUGGGAGCACGAAUGGGCUAAACACGGCACAUGCAUGAGCACGCUCAAACCCGCUUGCCUUCCUAGCGGCAGCCCGACGGGUUUGGAGGCCGUGCUCUUCUUCCAGACGGUUGUCCGAUUAUUCCAAACGCUCCCGACAUACACCUGGCUCGCGAAUGUAGGAAUAACCCCGAGCACUAGCGCAACUUACACACUCUCCACUCUUACCUCGGCUCUCAAGACGGCAUCUGGAGGAUUUACCCCCGCGCUCGACUGCACAUCGGGAGCUCUCAACGGCAUUAGCUGGUACUUCAACCUAAAAGGUUCCGUCAUCGAUGGGACGUUUGUUGCGAUCGAUGCGCCCUUGGCUGGUAGUUGCCCCUCCUCUGGAAUCAAGUACCCUCCGAAGUCAGGGGGGUCUACGGUACGCAUAAUCGACUUUUCUGCCCCAGCAAGUUUGCCGACAAAAGCUACCAUCAAGGCUCUCCGAUCCGGUUCCGCCGUCGGUGGCCUUUUGUCUUUGGCAACUUGGUCGACCCAAACACUCGCCACGUUUACGAUCUCUGGAACGAGCAGUAGUUUCACCAUGACCUCGUCAAAGGGUAACUGCGGCGUUAGUGGUGGUCAGCUUGCCUGCGGCAGUGGGGUUUCUCUGACGAGCUUCUCUGCGGUCUCUUCUGGGAGUAAUAUCCUUUUGGCGUCUGGAGGGUCGACUUCCUUUAGCAGUGAUGGUAUCCCGAGUGGCACGACGGUUUACACCGUUUAUACUGGCAGUGGUCAUGCUAAUGGCUACACGCUUUCAAUUGUCGGAUCUUAGUAUUGAUCCAAGGCUUACUUACACACUUUCAAUUGUUGGAUCUUAGUAUUGAUCCAAGGAUAUUGUCCUUACAUAUUCUCUAGUCACCCUGCAUCCCUUUGCGCGGCUCUAUGAAAGAAUUUGUUGUUUCGUGUC